AUGAAGACAUCAUUCACCACCCUCUCCUCCUUUGCGACACUUACAAGUGCAGCACGCUUGCUCCUGCAAAUACCGAACACGGUCCUCGUCAACCCGUCUACCCUCCCCUCGACGACGCACGCAACGCUCCAAUCUUCAGGCCCGCCUCUUGAUGCCUACCUCACGCGCUCCAAUACGUUCAACUUCAACAAUGUGAGUGCCGGAAGUUACCUUGCGACCGUGCAUUGCCGCGACUAUGCGUUCGAGCCAUUGAGGAUCGACGUCACUCGGGAGGAGGCGGUAGAAGGCAGUGGGGAAAAGAAGGAGAUGAUCAGGGCAUGGCAGACCUUCUUAGGAAACGAAUGGGACAACAAGGGAGAGAGUCGCGGCGAGGGCGGUAACGGCUUGGUAGUCGAGGCCCGGCCUGUAGGAACCAAAUACUUCUACCAGGAGAGGCAGGGUUUCUCACCGCUGUCGUUCUUGAAGAACCCUAUGAUUCUCAUGGCGGUGGUAUCCAUGGGCCUCAUCUUUGGCAUGCCCAAGUUGAUGGAGAACAUGGACCCCGAGAUGAAGGAAGAGUUCGAGGAAAUGCAAAAGCAAGGCGUCCUGGGCUCCGGCUCCACCAACACCGCACAACAGCUACAGAACUUCGACCUUGCUUCGUGGAUGGCAGGCAAGACGGAUUCGGGCAGCACGAGCGCACGUACACAGAGCCCUGCCGGGCAAGCAAAGAAACGGGCUACACUGAUCGAGGCACUCCGCCACACCCACGCCCACCACACCGCGCACCACCGCCAACUUCACCAAGACCAUGGUGCCCUAGCCCAAGAGUUUGAGCGCGUAAUCCGCGACCUCGACACCCUAUCUACCGAACUCCACAUGCUCACCUCGCAUGCCGUGCAACUGGACGCCAACUUUUCCAAAUACGGUUACUCAGCCCAUCUGCGCACUAAGGACGAUGUAAAUACUGCAGACUCUGCAGACUCCUUUACUGAAUCGUCGUUCGACAAAGAAACAUGGCAGGCAGGUCGUAACCACGGAAACAACAUCCGGCUCUACCAAAAGCCCAUAGUACGACAAUACUUCCACAAAGGUCUUCUCUGGCGCGCAAAAGAGGCCCAAGAAGUCGCUUCGUACGAACUCUUCAUCGACCUUUUUUACGUAGGUAUCAUCGCCAUCACCGGUGACUCCGCAGCCGAGCACCCAACAGGGCAAUCUCUACUCCGUUUCGCCAUCACCUUCAUCAUGGGCUGGAAGUUCUGGACAGACAUUGGCGUUCUGGUGUCGUGGUUCGAUAGCGAUGAUGUGAUGAGGCGGUGUUCCGUACUUUUCCUACUAACCUGUUUGUUGGGGUUCACGACGAACAUGGCCGAGGCUUGGGAGAGGACGUAUGCGCCGCUUGUAGCGUUUUACCUGGCAGCCAGGUUGUUUGUCAUGACGAGUUUCUUCUGGCAUGCGUGGUGUAUUCCUAUGGUUAGGGGCAGUAUGUUGGGCAAUGGGGCCAUCAUGCUCAUCCCCGCAGCGCUUUGGAUAGCGAGUAUACAUGUCGAAGAGCCACGUAGACAAGGGCUUAUCUGGACGGCUAUUCUAUUUGAUCUGUUUGGUCAGCUUGCAAUGUUGCUGCUUCAGCGGCCUGGGUCGCCGGUGUAUAGGUUUGUUCCAGAGUGGAUCAAGAGAAGUCUCGAGUUCUUUCCUGCGACGAACAUCGAGCAUCGGAUUGAGCGGACAAACGCCUUUGUUACGCUUGUCUUCGGUUCUUGUGUUCUGGGUCUGCUGUAUCAAAGUUCUGUUGAGAUGGGGAUCAAUGCUUUCUUUGGCAAAGCUGUGUUGGGGUUGAUACAGGCGUUUGUGUUCAAUUGGCUGUACUUUGAGAUUGACUCCUUCAAUCUGCAUACACAUGCUAUUCGUCGGCAUGUAUUCUCCGCGUUGAUAUGGUUCUCCGUCCACCUCCCCUUCAUAAUGUCCUUCGUCCUCUCUGCAUCCGCCCUCGCCGUUCUAGUCCGCGCCCACGACAUACCCUCUGCACCUCUAGACUCCUUAUCCGAGACCUUCAUCUCCCGCUCCGAAGACCACAUCUCAGAAGGUCUAGUAUGGUAUUACUGCGGCGGUCUGGGUAUCUCCCUCCUCUGCCUCGCUAUCAUCUCUGCAACACAUGUCCAUCGCACCAUCCCCAACCAACGUCUCCGUAAAUCCGCUCGUCUCGCCUAUCGCACCUGUGUGUCCAUCAUCAUAAUCACACUUCCUCUUGCGCACCUCGAUAGCCUGCGGUUGGUAGCAACGACUACGGGGUUGGUUGUUUCUGUGCUAAUGUUGGAGUUGGUUGGCGUGUCCUGCUGGGGCGAAAACUUCUUCUGGGAGAAAGAUUGUAAGAGGGAUCGGUCGACAUAUAGCGCGAGAUGUGCAGUGAAGAGGGAGGAGUUGGAGAAGAGCGUUCGGGACGGGACGGUUGUAGAUGUGGCUGAGAUCGCGAAGAGGGAGGUUGGUGAGAAGGGAGUCGUUGGUGUGGUUUGA